GGCAGCGGUGGCUUCCCUUUUGUUCGUGGAGUUCCUGUAUUAUUCUCCUCACAAUGAAAUCGUUCUGAUUUGGGGAUUACAGUUCCUCCCGGGUUUUCCUUAUUUGUUGCAAUUUAAUUUUACACACUAACCUGCUUUAAAAGCAUAUAGCUCUGCCGUGCGACCCUGUGUUAGAUUUUUUCCAAUGCAAGCAGAAUGAACCAGGAGUAGGCUAGACCCGCGGUUGCAGUUGAUAAAUGGGACGUCAAGUAGAGAAAUCUUGGACAUGUGAAGUGGGAAAUGGAUUCGAUAUCAACGCGAAACGGAUAAUCCGUGGUGGUUAACGUUAAACCUGUUGAGGUUAUAUCAAGCGAGUGCGAGUGGGCUAACGUUCAUAAACAAGCUGUUCCCUUGGGAGAAACAGUACUACAAGUGCUAUGGUAUUUUCAAAUUUUGUAAGAUACUUGUGGCGACACAAUUUUAAUGAUACUGUAUGUUGUUGUAACUAGUAUGUAACUAGUUAAAUUAGCACUCUUAGAAGCAAAGGGAAACGAACGACGUUAAACUAAGAACUCAUCUGUAGCUCAACUAAAGUUAACGGAGUAAACCUCAUCACUGAAGGCACCAACGCAAGGUCAAUUUGAGGAAUAAUGAUUCCACGUGUUUGAGAAACUCCAGUUGUCAAACUGGUUGAAGCCGCAGUGUUGGUGCGAUGGGACUGGAUUUUGAUGUCAAGACCUUUUGCCACAACCUGCGGGCGACCAAACCCCCAUAUGAGUGCCCCGUGGAAAGCUGCCGCAAGGUUUACAAGAGCUACAGUGGCAUUGAAUAUCACCUGUACCACUACGAUCAUGACAACCCGCCCCCAGCUCAGGGCACACCCCAGCGUAAACGGAAGGGCCGGCCACCCCGAGUUCAGGGAGGAGGGACGGACGAUGGGGAUGGAGGAGGUGGUGGCGGUGGGAAAGGUGGGGGCCUUGGGGGUGUUGCCAAGGGCAUGACCCCUGGAAGCCCAGAGCGCUCGGAGCGAUCUCACUCCCCGGGCCGGGAGGCCAUGACAUACGCUCAGGCCCAGCGCAUGGUGGAGCUAGAGAUCCAGGGGAAAAUCCAUCGCAUUAGCAUCUUCGAGAACUUGGACGUGGUAUCGGAGGACGAGAGCGGUGGGGAGGACCCUCCCUCGGGAGCGGGGGGUGGGGGAGGAGGCUGUAACGGAGGGGAAAGUGGGGGAGGCAGCGAGGCGGGAGGCAACGGCAACAAGGACAGGCCAGACACCCCCGCUACCAAUGGAGGCAAAGGCACCACCACACCAAAGUCUGGAAAGCACAAGAGCAAGGAGAAGAAGAAGGAAAGUGGAUCAGCUCACCAUCACACCCACAGCGCCCCUCCCGGCCCUGCCAUCAAGCUGCCUGAGGUUGUGUUCCGGGAGCUGGACCAGGAGAGACCAGACGCCCCUCCACGACCUUCCUCUUACUACAGGUACAUUGACAAAUCGGUGGAGGAGCUGGAUGAAGAGGUUGAGUAUGACAUUGAUGAGGAAGACUACAUCUGGCUGGACAUCAUGAACGACAAACGACGAAGCGAUGGAGUGGCACCCAUCCCCCAGGACGUCUUUGAGUACCUGAUGGAUAGACUGGAGAAAGAGUCCUACUUUGAGAGCCACAACAAGGCGGACCCCAGCACUCUGAUCGACGAGGACGCCGUGUGCUGCAUCUGCAACGACGGGGAGUGCCAGAACAGCAACGUCAUCCUCUUCUGCGACAUGUGCAACCUGGCGGUGCACCAGGAGUGCUACGGCGUGCCCUACAUCCCCGAGGGCCAGUGGCUGUGCCGCCGGUGCCUGCAGUCGCCCUCGCGCGCCGUCGACUGCGCCCUCUGCCCCAACAAGGGCGGGGCCUUCAAGCAGACGGACGACGCUCGCUGGGCCCACGUAGUGUGCGCCCUGUGGAUUCCUGAGGUCUGUUUUGCAAACACAGUGUUCCUGGAGCCCAUCGACAGUAUCGAGCACAUUCCCCCAGCACGCUGGAAGCUCACCUGCUACAUCUGCAAGCAGCGGGGCUCCGGGGCCUGCAUCCAGUGCCACAAGGCCAACUGCUACACUGCCUUCCACGUGACGUGCGCCCAGCAGGCAGGACUGUACAUGAAGAUGGAGCCGGUGAGGGAGACCGGUGCCAACGGGACGUCCUUCAGCGUACGCAAAACGGCCUACUGCGACAUCCACACUCCCCCCGGCUCCAUGCGACCAAUGGGAGGUGUGGGCGGAGCCAGCCUGAACUCCUCCCACAGCGAGGGGGAGCCGGAGGAGGAGGACGAGCCGGGCCCCCACGACGAGGACUCCAAAGGGUGGAGCUCCGAACGCGUGAAGCGGGCCAAGGCCAAAUCCCGCCUCAAAAUGAAGAGGGCCCGCAAGAUCCUGGCGGAGAAGAGGGCGGCGGCCCCUGUGGUGUCAGUGCCCUGUAUACCCCCACACAGGCUUAGCAAGAUCACCAGUCGCCUAACAGUCCAGAGGAAGAGCCAGUUCAUGCAACGACUGCACAGCUACUGGACCCUGAAGAGGCAAAGCCGUAAUGGAGUCCCUUUGCUACGUCGUUUGCAAACCCACCUGCAGUCGCAGCGCAACGCAGAGCAAGUUCCCACUAGGGACAGUGAGGAGAAGCACGCAGCCCUUAAGGAGCAGCUCAAGGCCUGGCAGAGACUCCGGCACGAUCUGGAGAGAGCCAGGCUGUUGGUGGAGCUCAUCCGCAAGAGGGAAAAACUCAAGAGGGAGACGAUCAAGGUGCAGCAGCUGGCUCUGGAGAUGCAGCUGACUCCGUUCCUCAUCCUGCUGCGCAGCACACUGGAGCAGCUGCAGGACCGAGACACCAGCCACUUCUUCACCGAGCCCGUCCCACUGGCCGAGGUCCCGGACUACUUGGACCACAUCGAGCGGCCUAUGGACUUCCAGACCAUGUGGAACUGCCUGGAGUCCCACCGCUACCUCAGCUUUGAGGCAUUCGAAGCCGACUUUGGCCUUAUAGUGAACAACUGCCUCAAGUACAAUGCCAAGGACACAGUGUUCUACCGAGCCGCACUACGCCUCCGGGAGACAGGGGGCGCUGUGCUCCGGCAGGCCCGCCGGCAGGCCGAGAGGAUCGGCUUUGACUAUGACACGGGCAUGCACCUUCCCCGGGAACCCAGCACAGAGCCACCUCGCGAGCGGGAGCGGGAGCGGGAGCGGGAGAGGGACAGGGACAGGGACAGGGACAGGGAGAGGGAGAGGGAGAGGGACCGAGACCGGGACCGGGACCGAGACCGAGACCGAGAGAGAGACAGAGAGAGGGACAGGGAGAGAGAGAGACCGUCAGCCUCCACAGAGGAUGACGUGUUUUUGCCAGAGAAUCGGCGGCGGCUGCCCCUGGAGGAGCAGCUGCGGGUCCUGCAGGCGCGCUUCGACGAGGUCAGCGCCGGGAAGCACAGCAUCGGCCGCUCGCGGCGCGCCAAGGCGCUGCGCAAGGAGAUGACCGUCAUCAAGCGCAAGCUGGCCCACCAGCGCGAGGCGGGGAGCGGCCCCGGGGCCCGGGACCCGGGAGGGAGCGGGGAGCGCAGCGCCUCUGUCCCCCACCACCACCCGUCCUGCACCCCACGCCACGACGAGGGCGGAGAGAGCAGCAGCCACGAGAUCAGCAGUAAAGACCUGAGUGCUUCCUCCUCUGCUCUUGCUCCAGAGGUGGGGCGCAGAACCUCUGUACUCUUCUCCAAGAAGAACCCCAAAGCAGCUGGACCCCCCAAGAGGCCUGGCCGACCCCCCAAGAACCGCGACACGUCCGGGGGGGGUCCUGGUGUGAGCCCCAGUCCUAUAGGGCCCCCCCAGCUACCCAUGCUCUCCUCACGGCCCAGGAAGAGACCCCGCAGCCCUCGAACCAGCUCCAGCUCCGAGAGCGACAGCGACAACGACGACCUCCUCCUGGGCCUCCCCAGUAACGGCUUUGACGGGGGAAGCCAGCCCGUGACGGAGAGCUUCCGGGUGUACCGCAACGAGCGCAGCCUGCCGCGAUCCAGCUCCGACUCCGAGUCGUCCACCACCAGCAGCAGCAGCGCCGCCUCGGACCGCACCAGCACCACUCCCUCCAAGCAGGGGCGCGGGAAGCCGUCCUUCUCCCGUUCGGCCUUCCCGGAGGACAGCAGCGAGGACACGUCGGGGACGGAGAACGAGUCCUACUCUGUGGGUGGGGGGCGCAGUGUGUCCCACAUGGUGAGGGGCCGGGGCAGGUCUACGUGCUGGAUGAGCGCAGAAGACUACGCAUCGCUGGAUGCACUAGAUCUGGUCUGGGCCAAGUGUCGAGGCUAUCCGUCAUACCCAGCCCUGAUCAUUGACCCCAAGAUGCCCCGUGAGGGGGUGUUUCACCGGGGCGUGCCCAUCCCCGUGCCCCCGGUUGACGUUCUGAAAUUGGGGGAGCAGAUGACCCAGGAGGCCAGGGAACACCUCUUCUUAGUGCUUUUCUUCGACAACAAGAGGACCUGGCAGUGGCUGCCCCGCUCCAAGCUGGUCCCUCUGGGAGUGGAGCCUGAGCUGGACAAGGAGAAGAUGCUGGAGGGCAGGAAGUCCAACAUCCGCAAGUCUGUGCAGGUGGCCUACCACCGGGCCAUGCAGCACCGCAGCAAGGUGCAGGGAGAGCAGAGCAGCGACAGCAGCGACACAGACUGAGCGCCCGGCUGCUGCCAUGUGUGUGCAUGCACACGCAAACGCACACGUACAUGCGUGAACACACGUACAUACACGCGUACACACACACGUAUACACACAUACAUACACACGUACAUACACACACAUACACACGUAAACACACGUACAUACACACGUACAUACACACGCAAACACACACGUACAUACGUAAACACACAUACAUACACACGUACAUACACACACAUACACACGUAAACACACAUACAUACACACGUACAUACACACACAUACACACGCAAACACACGUACAUACACACGUACAUACACACACAUACACACGCAAACACACAUACAUACACACGUACAUACACACACAUACACACGCAAACACACACGUACAUACACACGCAAACACACACGUACAUACGUAAACACACAUACACAUGCAAACACACACGUACAUACACACGCAAACACGUAUACACACGAACACACACAAACACACGUAAACACACAUACAUACACACGUGCGAACACACGUACAGACACACGCAUACACACGUGUACACAUACACGCACGUACAUACACACACUCAUUCACUCACUAGCAUGUGGCUCCAGUGUCCACAUGUAUACAUAUACACAUACACACACACACGCGUACACACGUACAAACACACACGUACAGACACGCAUACGCACACAAACACAUGCACACUCACAUGUGGCUCCAAUGUCCAUGCGUAUACACACACACACACGGCCCAGCCGAGAUGGCUUAACUUGGGAGUAAUAGACAGUUUGUUGCCAGUUGUAUUCUCAGCCUUUCAUCCCUUUGGCUUCAGUGUGUAAUAUGUAGUGUAAAACUAUCCUGUGGGAAUGGGGCCAAAAUGGGUGAUUGGAAAUGGAGGAUGCGCAGAUGAGUGUGUGCGCUUCACAGAAUCACAGAAAGAGAAGUACUCUACACUUGUUUACACAAAUUUAGCUGAUCUGUGUAAAUAUGUAUUUAAAACUCGGAAGGAGGAAAAAGUUAUCAUAAUGCUAUAAAAAUAAUCCUUGAAUCAUGAUUUCAAAACUUGCAAUGCAGGUUGACAUGCACCUCUGGGUGUGCAUGUGUGUCUGUCUUGUCUGUCUCUCUGUGGAUGUUCCGUUAGCUGAAAUGUUGGCUAUGGUGACUGGGUUGCCAAACACAGAUGUCCUGAUGAGCACUGCUGGAGGCACUAACACACGUACCCCCGGACAGAAAUACUCAUAAAGCACACACACAGCCUUGUUCCGGAGCUAUGCUGUACCAGCGAUCACAGCAUACAAGUCUUCUGCUCCAACUCCCAUCUGCACAACCUUCAUAAUGGAGUGACCACAGAGGAACAUGGCUCUCAAUCUGAAUUCUAAUCUUUUGUGAUCACAAAUGUCUUCUCUUAUUUAUUUGUCUCUGUGAUUUCUAUGUUGAUGGAUUUCAGAGCCCCUAAAAACUUGCACUGUGGGGAUGUUUUUUUGUUUUGUCUCUUUUUUUUUUUUUUUUUUUUGACUUUUAUUUUGUUAAUAUUCUUCCUGGAUGAACCAGUGAGUUUUUUGAUGAAUAAUGUUAAUGAAUCAUUAUUGGGUAUAGGAAAUGCAAAGCUGCCCUGCAUUUGAAAGGACUUGAAAAGCAGCGGUCAGCCAGAGGGUUUUAUCGUCGUCUGUCAUAGUUUCAGGCCAAUGGUAUUAGAACUUUUAUAUAUAAAUACAAAGUUAAAAAGAUAGGACUUUAAUAAAAGAAUUGAGUUUUGUA